UUAUAAUAAUUAAAAAUGUCACUAAAGAGGCGUAAAUGUCGCGAAACCCCUUGGACGUAAUGACGUCAGUACUUCCGGGUUCCUUGUUCAGGCUGCGUUUUGUUGUUGGGCGAAGGAAGAGAUACUGUUUUCUUCUUUUUUAUUUUAUUUAGCUUGUUUGUUUAAAAUAGUGUCGGGAUGAAUCGUAUCUUCGGACGAGGGAAACCAAAAGGACCACCACCGAACCUCACGGACUGUAUAUCAGGUGUCGACUCACGAGCAGAGUCCGUUGACAAGAAGAUAGCCAGACUUGAUGCCGAACUUAUGAAAUACAAAGAUCAGAUGAAGAAAAUGAGGGAUGGCCCAUCAAAGAACAUGGUGAAACAGAAAGCCAUGCGAGUCCUCAAACAGAAGAGAAUGUAUGAAGGGCAGAGAGAUCAGUUGAUGCAGCAGUCAUUUAACAUGGAACAAGCAAACUACACCAUCCAGACACUAAAAGACACCAAGACCACUGUGGACGCAAUGAAAGUUGGUGCCAAAGAAAUGAAAAAAGCAUACAAGAAUAUUAAAAUUGAUCAGAUAGAGGAUCUGCAAGACCAGAUGGAGGACAUGAUGGAAGAUGCUAAUGAAGUGCAAGAAGCUCUUAGUCGCAGCUACGGGACACCAGACAUCGAUGAAGAUGACCUGGAGGCAGAGCUGGAUGCACUUGGUGACGAACUCCUUUUGGACGAUGACAAUUCCUAUCUGGACGAGGCUGCUUCUGCUCCAGCUAUACCAGAGGGAGUGCCAGGAGACAGAACCGCUAACCGGGAUGGAGUACUGGUGGACGAGUUUGGCCUACCUCAGAUUCCAGCUACAUAAUGGAACAAAAUUACAAUGCUACACAAUUCUAAACCCUCAAAAGACUUGGACAAAUAUCCACACACAUACUUAAUCAAACAUUGGGACAAACCUUCAAUGUCAAGACUUCAUCUUUCUUAUCUCAGUCUUGAUCUACAUUUAUAAUCUUUUAUUGCUUUUUAAGAAAUCAAUCCAUGAUAGCUUUCACCAUUAAUCAUUGGGGUUAGUUUUUUUGGACGUGUUUGUUUUCUUCUGUGUAGAUUGUUGCUAUGAUUUGUUUUCUAAAGGAUAUAUGUCAGUUGAUUUACUCGGCACUGCAAUACACUGUUGCUUAUUGAAAGCAAAUAUAAAGAAAUUAUUAUAUGACAAUG